AUGACUCACUCCAUGAAGAUGAUCAUGUCACUCUUGACUUGUGUAUUAAUUAUUCCCCCCCUUUUCACACCAGCCUUUGCCACUGGCAUAGGCGCUACAACGCGGGAACAGUCAGUUCCCGUCAAUCUCAAGACGCUCUUCCCUGAGAGGCACAUUCCCUCAGAUACUUCCGAUCUGCACUAUGGCCUCAUUACCGUUGGAGCCGACUCCAAGUCUGGCGCGUUAGACCCAGUCAGUUCGGGAUCCGGCAUUCUUCUCGCUGUUGGGGAGUCUCAUGGAUUGGUCCAACUCCAGAAAAGAUAUGGCCAACCAGAUCCUUUUGUCUUCAUUGACUGCCCCGCUGGUGUACUCGACCAACCCGUCAACCAAACCCAGAAAGCUAGAGUCGUCUGUACAAGUCAGGAUGUCGAUGGUUGCUUUAGGGUGAGAGAGCGUGGAGUUGAAGGCACUCUGGUAGAGAUGCCAGAGGAGUGUGCACCAAAUUCGUUUGCUCGAGCAAUUUCCCUGGAGCUUGCUGAAGACCAGACUGUGCCAGACCACCUGGCCAAGCGAUACACCCCCACGUCACCGAUCUACGAGUUCUCCUUUGACUUCAACAAGCACGAGCGGCGAGCUGACGCGAAAGUAGCCAUACGAAUGGAUAUGACGAACGUUAAAGGACACUGGGACGGUCUUGUCGACUAUCUCGGUGUCAAGAAGCGUGACCUCGAGCGCAGAUAUGUUUCGCGUAUCAACACUGACUGGAAGAAGACGUUACAGAAAGGAGACAGGUUCCACUACCAUUCUGGUGAGAACUCGCUAAAAGUCAAGAAGGAUUUAAGUACACCGGUCUUUAGGCAAGCUGCCGGGAACUCCUCCUUAGCGGAUAAGCACCAUGGUGAAGGCAUCGCAGCUUUCGUCGAGGGUAAGGUCGAUGCCAACAUGUACUAUGCUGUUACAGUCAUUGCAACCUCAGCAAGAGGCACUUCGAACGUUGACAUCAAAGAAGCGAGUGGCUACAUCCAAGUCACUGGCCAGACGGAUUUGACCUUUGGAAUUAACGGAUCGGGUCAUCUCAAUAUCAGCAUGGCCGGAAAGGACAACCCUGCCAAGGGCGAGGAACACUGGGAAGCUUUCCAAAGACACACAAUUAACGCCGGGGCUUUCUGGGGUUACAUGAGCCUCACUCCCUUCACCAUUCGGCAAACAUGGUUGGCGACGUCUCACAUUGAUAAGCCUCCAUCCACCGUACUUGGUCACAUGGCGCCGGCGAUCUUGAACGGACGCCUGACUACAGGAGUCAAGACUGACUUGGGCGAAUUUCCAGCCAUGUUUCCUCACGUUCUAUCUCCAGACGAGAUGCACAGUCUGAGAAGGCACCACAAGGAAACCGAGAUGGAGACUUUAUUAAAGGAUACCAUUAUUUACGGAGAUGGAGGCGAGAAAGGCAGCAGCAUCCAAAUCGGGCAUAAUCUCACUUUUGGGCUCAGCGUGGGCUUUGGCAUAUACCCCGAUAUACGGGGCCCGCAACCAAAUUACAAGUCUAACUCUACAUUUUUGCUUGUUACCAGCGAGACAUGUGCCAAUUGGGAUAUCCCACCAGCCGAGAAUGGCCAAGUCUGCCCCCGUGCGACAGCUUCGUAA